AUGGCUUUUGAUUCUGAUGCCGAUUGUCCACCGCUUCUUCUCGAAGAUGAAGACAGAGACGAUGAAGCUAUCUCCAUAGAAAAUCCUAGAUUUUCAAUUUGGAAUACAUUUAAACAUCACAUUCCACGUCUAGUUAUUACUGUUCUUGUCGAUCUUAUAUGUCCUCUUGUUCUCUAUCUCAUUUUGCAAAAACGAAUCAAACCCGUUUAUGCCCUAGCAGCAGCUGGUAUUCCACCAUUUAUUAUGGUAAUAAUUAAAGGAAUCGUAUCUCGAACAUUUGACGCCUUAGGCUUUUUGGUGUUUUUUUGUUUCGUCGCAUCAGCUAUUGCCGCUGUAAUAACCAGUAGCCCUGUUAUUCUAUUAUUAGAAAAAUCUCUUGUUACUGGCGUUGUGUCUAUUAUAUUUGGUAUAACAUUGAUACCGUUUCGUUGUUGUUCUCAUCGGUGUCGAAUGCGACCACUCGCUUAUUAUUUUUAUCAAGAUUUAGUGCCAACGAAACGAAAAGAUAUUGGAUUACCUGAUAGUAUAUUUGAAGAUGAACAACAACAAUUACCUGAUAAUCAAUUUUCUGAGAUGCAAGAAGAAAAUUUAUUAUCAUUACCAGUAUUAAGUCAUAAACAAGAAGUUGCUCAAGUAUACGAAUGGAUCUAUCGACAUUGUUCGUCAUUUCGUCUUUCAUGCUAUUUAAUAACAAGUAUUUGGUCGAUUGGUCUUCUAUUAGAAUUUCUUGCACGAUUAUUUCUUAUUUUAAUUCGUUUAUCAAUUGAAAAAAUAUUCAUUUAUGGACAUAUUAUAUUGAGUGCAAUGACAACUCUAUUAAUUAUAUUAACUAUACUUUGUAUAACACGAGAAAGAAAACAAACAUUAAAAUCAAUUGAAACAUGGAAAAAAGAGUAUUUCAGUACUCAACAGUCAUCAUUUGUCAACGAUUCAAGCAUAAAUAUUGUUACAUAG